AUCCGGGAUUUGUUGAUUAUCUCACACGAGAUUAGUUAUUCGAUAAUAUUGAAUAUGGAUGAAUUCAUUGGAGAGUUGGGGAGCAGGCUCAAGGUCUCGAUCACCGAAUCCACCAUGAUGUGUAUAGUCUACGACGCGAUGGACCGGGCCCAUGGGAAGGUCAAGUCAAGGGGCAUUAUCGCGCGGCUCAGUGAGAUGUCGAGGUUCUACGAGCUAGCAAUUAUUCAACUAGAGGGCUGCCUUAAAUUUGUCCACGAGGAGGCCGAAGCCUAUGGGUUAGACAGCAGCCACCAGGACCUGCUUCUUGACCUAGCCAAGAUCCGCAACCACCUCCUCGGCCGCCUCGAGGAGUCUGAGAUGGCCAUCUCCGACAAGGACAGCAGGGAGCUGAUGGAGAGGGUUGAGACCGAGCGGAGGCUGAGGCAGGCAUUGGAGCUGAAGGAAAGAGAGUUGGAGUCCCUGAGGGCUCAAUGUGAGGGAUUCGAUGAGAGCCAGAAAGAUGAGCUGAAGUUCAGUGAGCUAAAGAAUUCAGUGGACCAACAAGUGCGGAACAUAAAACAGAACUUGGAGGGGGCAGAUCACGAUGAUCAUUACGACUACGGAUUUUAUUGGGCGAGCAGCACAAGCGAUGAUAAGAUCGACAACGGGAGAAUCGACCGCAUGGGAUUGGACAUCAGCAACCUGAAGAAGACGCUUGAUCUUGCGUUUGGGAAGAUGCAGAGCGCGAUCUUCUCAUCUGACGCAAGCCCCACAGAGCAGCAGUGGAGGUGGACCAUUGAGAAGGAUGUUACUGCUUCCGUGAUUAAAGGUUCUAUUCGGGAUAUUCUGGAAAGUCCCAAGACCAAGAUGACGGGCCAACAACCGAAGGAGAAUGUUGAUCUAUACGAUGAAAUCCAGAAACUAAAGCAAGAAAAUGAAGAGUUGAAUCUCCGUGACAGGACAGUAGGCGAGCUUCAUGUAGAUCUUUUACGAGGUCUUACAGAUGAGAUGUGUACCAGUUUAUUCGAUUUAGAGACAGAGGUUCAGAUUCGAGAAGGGAUACUCAACACCAUAUUGAAGGAGAUGCUUGCUCUUGCGAGCAGGCAGAUGAUGCAGACUGCGAUCUUCUCAUUUGAGGCAGGCCCCAUAGAGCAGCAAUGGAGAUGGGCCAUCGAGAAGGAUGUCACAGCUUCUGUGAUCAAAGGGUCCAUUCAGGAUGUUCAGGAAAGUCUAGAAACCGCGGGUCGAGAAGAGAACAUGGAGAAUGUUAGUCUAUAUGAUGAAGUCCAGAAACUGAAGCAAGAAAAUGAAGAGUUAAAGCUUCAAGAGAGGACAGCAGGCGAUCUGUACAUAGGCCUCUUACGAGGUCUUAAGGAUGAGUUGCAUACCGGCUCAUUCGAUUCCUUGACAGACGUUCAGAUUAGAGAAGGGAUACUCGACUACAUAUUGAAGAAAACAGUGAUCGAGAAUAAGUCGGUUGCCUGUGAAGUGCUGAAGGAGUGCAACAAUGCGACAGAAAACUACAAGACUGAGAGUCAUAUUAAGGAAGAAAUUCAUCAUUUCAUUUGCCAAGAAACAAUAAGAAGCAUAGUUUGUGCAAGAAAUGCCGAGUCGAAUGGAAUUGUCCAGAUCGAAGCUACAGGAGAAGAUCCUAUAUCCUGUUAUGGGGUGGAAAAAGAUGGAUCGCCUUUUGAUCUGUCUCUUAAAGAUCAAAUUACUCCGAACUCUAUGAGAGAGGAGCUCAGAAUGCCCUUGGAGGAGUUACCUUCAAGCGGGGGGGCGUAUGUCCAAGAACUUUCAGAAGUAGUGUCGAACUUUCAGCACAACAUAUGCAACAAUCUAGUGAAGAAUAAUACGAGGUUAGUGAACAUGAAAAAUCAAGUGGAUUUGCUGUCCGAAGAAAUCAGUUUGCUGAAGAAGAGAGAGUCCGUUUACGAGAAGGCUUUCAUAAUGAGAUGUCACAAUCUCCAAAAGGCGGAAACCGAGGUAGAUUUGCUCGGGGAUCAAGUGGACCAGCUUCUUGGUUUACUCAAGAUGAUAUACAUGAAACUUUGUCAACAUUCGACAGUUUUCGAGCAAUACUUUGAGGUGAGCUACAGCCGAAAAUAUUUUCCAGCUUUCAAGUUUAAUACAUUUGCUGACCUGAUAUGUGUAUGUAUACUGCAGGUCUCGGAAAUCUUGGUGUUGAUUGAGAAUGAAUUGGGUGGACAAGAGGCUCGAGUCUAAAUCUAAUCAGCUCCGACUCCAAGGUGUCG